CAUUUUUAUGUCUUAUCUUAUGCAGAUCUUCACAGUAUGCAACUGUAGAUACAAAUGCAUCUCUAAGUAAAAAAAAUUAACUUGUAAAGAAAAAGGGUUUUCUGGUUUGAUUUGUCAAAACCAUGAAGGCCAGUGCAGUUUUUAAGACAUUGGUCUGCUGCCUCUGCUUCAAGGUUUGCCAACUUGCAGCACCUGAGCAAGGUAUAUACAAGAGAACUCUGACCAAGACUGACAACUCUUUAUACAUCGUAAAAACUCUCUACAGAGAUUCGAUUGUAAAAGUUGCCAUCGUUGGCAAAGAUAAGAAAUGUGCCAGCACAGAAGCCAUUGAGGUGUUUUGGCAGGUGAGAAGUUCUUCUUGUUUUGGGGCGUUUUCGGCUCCUUCUUCAGAAUGGCAAAGUACGUUUAUAAAUCAUAUUACAUACACACCACAAUACCAAUCUGAAAAUGUAAGAGGAGAAUAUGUACUUAACUAUGUCAUAAACGGGAAUCAACACACAACAGAUGAUAAAAUAUAUUGUGAUAAAAACAACAUAUUGCAUUGCCAUAAUGACUGGAAGAACAUAACAGUCGAACCAACUACUAAACCACCAACAACUGAAGCAAAACCAGACGAGAAGAAAAACACUCAGAAGCGGGAAGUUGGUGAUCCACCUGCAGUAAAUGAACCAAGUGAAAGUUCAGACACAGAAGAUGAUGUGGCCUCAGAAAAUGCCGUUACUGCUGCACCAGAUGUUGAAAAUACUGCCACAAGUAAUAGUGAAACACCAGCUAAAGAAAGCCAGAAUGGUGAAGCAAAUCCUGGAGAACAGAACGCUGAAGAGACUGAUGCGGGCAGUGACAAAAGUGUUGAUGCAACAGAUAAGUCUAAGUGUCCUGCUCCUAAAGACGCCAAACAUGUUGUAGCAGUUGUACCUGAGCGCUCAUAUUAUCUUUUCUAUCUUUUUACAACAAAUAUACAUAGUGAUGAUGCUUAUGAAGUUACCAUUGAACUAAAGAGCCCUGUUGGAUAUUUGUCUGCACAUGAAUACCCCCUGCUUACUUUCUAUAUGUGUAUGUGUAUUGCAUACAUCAUAUAUGCUCUGCUAUGGCUGGUAAUGUGUGCUUGCAACUAUAGAGAUCUACUUAGAGUUCAGUUCUGGAUUGGUGGUGUCAUCUUGCUAGGCAUGAUUGAAAAGGCCGUGUUCUACUCGGAAUUUCUCAGCGUGGAUCAGACUGGGAUAUCUGUUAUAGGGGCAGCAAAGUUUGCGGAAAUUGUUUCUGCUCUAAAGCGAACCCUUGCUAGAAUGCUAGUUAUUAUUGUCAGCUUGGGAUUUGGAAUUGUUAAGCCCAGACUUGGUCCAAUGCUGCAUCGUAUUAUAGUUGUUGGAGGAUUGUACUUUGUACUUGCAGUUGUUGAAGCCAUGAUUCGUAAUGAUUCAUCUCUGCAUGAUCCCAAUAAUCGAGCAGUGAUUCUUGCAUUCAUUCCACUUGCUAUAUUAGAUGCUGUGAUAUGCUGGUGGGUCUUCAUGAGUUUAUUGCAGACGAUGAAGACGCUUCGCUUGAGAAGAAACACGACAAAACUUUCCCUUUACCGACAUUUUUCCAACGCAAUUAUAUUCUGUGUUCUUGCAUCAAUAAUUAUGAUUAUUUGGUCGUGGAGAGUUCACAGUGUUCGUUGUAUGGUGGACUGGCCUCAGUUAUGGAUGGAAACAGCAUUCUGGCAUCUUCUGUUCUCUGUUAUCCUGUUUGUUAUUAUGAUUCUAUGGAGACCGACGGCAAAUAAUCAGCGGUACGCUUAUUCUCCAAUGGUGGAUGGGAAUGACUCGGAUGAGGACGAGGAGCCGAUGUUGUCGGGAGGAGCAAGAGAGACGGUGAAGAUGCGGGGAGGGAAGAAGUUUGAGAGAUCAGGAGGUGAUAAAACAGAGGAGGACUUGAAAUGGAUCGAGGAGAAUAUUCCUCAAACAAUCGCGGAUGUUGCGCUUCCGAUGUUGGAGUCGGAUGAUGAGGAUGAGAUAACGACGAAGUACGAGAUGAGCAAGAUGGAGUGAAGGUUGUCGCAAUCUAUGUUUGAUGAAUGCUGUCUCAAAGUGAAUGCAAUCUGAACAACUUAUUUAAGUCUGUAAAUCUUUGUUGUGUUUGCCACCGCAGUGAUACUGCUUACAAUAUAUAUAUUGGCCUAAAUAUAUCCGGAGUUGCUUAGCUUUAUAUAUAUAACUUCUUUUCUAGAUGCAUUGUAUACUGACUGGUGGCCCAACACAGGAUACUGGCUAUACCAACAAAUCAUCUAUGAAAAUGUACUAUUAAGUAAAGUUUGCAUUGCCUGUAAUAUUGGCUACUGCAUAAUGAAUAUUAAACUGUUGUUUCCAUUGCACAGAUCACAACCCAAAAUGCUGAAUGAAGUGUCUGAAAUAAAUUAAGUUUUCCGCUUUACAAUUUAAUUCUCUUCUGUACGAGUGCGGUCCAAUGACAUAUUACAUGAGGACAUGUGAUGUAGGCCAGUGUUUGCCCAUUAAUCCAAUUUAAUAAUAACUAUUGACACUCAGGUUUGGUUUAAAUCUGGGCUCAGAAUUACGUAGAAUUACACAGUCCUACAAAACAACAGUUGUUUAAGCUAAAUUGGACAACUUGGAAACCUUUUACUUUUGCAAAAUUUUGCAUGUUAUACCAUAGUGGGUUUUGAACAUACUUUUACAAUUCUUAAUAACAAUUUUUUUGUUGGUUUUGAAAAUAUAUAAAGUCUAAAUAAAAGUAUGUUGAAGCUGUUUAACAAUAUUUAUUUAUGAAUUAUUCCUAUACCAUGCUUGGAUAGCUUUUAAACUAAAACUGAACUGUGUUUGUGGAGAAAAUACAAAUGUACCACGAGAA